AUGUCCAGGGUUAGCAGCAAUGGGGAGACUCUUCCGGGAGGGUUAUCAGAGUUGGUUUUGAGUGAUGGUGUUAAGGCGCAGCAGCAGCAGCAGGUUGAUGGCGGGUAUGAUUUACCGCGGGCCCCCGGGAGUUUGAAUGUGAAUGCAUUGCGGGAAGAUGAUGGGAAGGACGUGAACGAUCUUUCUGACUACAAGGCUGUAGGUCCGAUUGGGUCUGGGGUUAGUGUUACUUCUGUAGAGGAAAGGUCUGGGGUGUUUGCGAAGGUUGAUGGUGCAUUGGAUGAUCCGAUUCAAUUUACACGGGUAUCCACAUCCUCGGUACUGAGUAACAGUUCUUCAGCGGUUUUAGAACAGGAACGGCAGCAGCGGCAGCAGCGGCAGCAGCAGCGGCAACAUGAGCAAGAGCAAGAGCAAGAACAGGAACAGCAACGGCAAGCGCAAGAGCCAGAGUUGCGAAGGAAAAAGGAAGAGCAAAAUGGAUAUGAUCACAAUGGCGAUGUAACUACAACUAUAACGGAACAUUCUUCUCCAGAACGUAAGCGAGAAUCGCUGAGUAAUAGUUUCAGGACGCCUCAAGAUUAUAGGAAUCCAAACUCUCUACCGGGCUCCGGUCCUAGAACAAUACCAGCUGAUUUUGCCGCAAGUGCAGGUACACCUCCCACAUGUGAUGUGACAAAUUCUACACUCCGUGCGUCGGGCCGCUCUGAUGGAGUCGGGUCGUAUUUUAUGGAGCAAUAUUCGGAUACAAGGUAUAGUUCAUCGUCGGGGGAUGUUAGUCAGAGGGUAGCAUCAGAUGCGAUUACGCCAAAGAAGACUAUGUUAACACAAAAUGCUACCCAUUACAAUGAUGAAUAUGAAUCACCGCUGAAUGAACUCAUUUCUUCUAGCGAUGAGCACAGUGAUACCGCUCAUAUAAUUUCUGAGGAGCCUAGCAACACGACGAACACCAAUAUUAAUGAUAACAAUAAUACUAAUAAUAAUACUACUAAUAAUCAUAAUGGUAAUAAUAACAAUAAUAGCAAGAGCAACAACAAUAUAUCUUCCCGUGCUGCUCAAUCAUCGUCAUCAUCAUCAUCAUUAUCAUCCCCUCAGGUUAUAAAUACUACUCAAGCAUUGCAUGCUGCACAGGUGGUUCAUGCUGUGCAUGCAGUUCAUGCAGUGCAUACCUCGAACAUUGCUACUCACACGGCUUACCUUUCCAAUUCAGGAAAUGUAGAACUACACCAUAGUUCUGCCACCACCGCUGCAACCACCAAUAAUUUAGUUACUCAUGACUUUCCACCCACUCCUGUUAUGAAUCAGAAUGGAUCCUCUUUCAAUGCGCACAAUGGACCAGGUACUGUAGCUUCACUACCGAACAAGUCGCCAUUCAGAACAGUAACAUCUCCGUUUCCAACUUCAAGAAGAUCGAGGCACUCCACUGGGUUUGGUGAUAUAUCGUUACCUCGCAAUUCAACCUCAUCUACUUCAAGCAACGAACAUAAAAAGUCCAGAGGUGGUCGUAUGAAGGGAGUGCUGUCUUCGUUUGUACAAAAUAUACGCCGAAAUUCACAAGGGGAGAAGAGGAGAUCCGGUACUUCCCUGAUGAAAAUAUCUACUCCGUAUAAUGCCACACAUGUGCAUCAUGUUGGUGUGGAUUCAAAAACAGGAGAAUAUACCGGUUUACCUGACGAAUGGGAAAGAUUAUUGGCGUCUAGCGGUAUUUCUAAAAAGGAACAACAACAACAUCCGCAAGCCGUGAUGGACAUUGUUAAAUUUUACCAAGAUGUAGCGGGCACAAAUGACGAGGAUAAAGUUCUUAAGACCUUUCCCGUAAACGGCACAACGGACGAUCUUUCUAGUUCUCCGUCGUUCAGAACGCACUCGUUGUCUUCGUCAUCAAGGUUUGAUAGUAACGAACAUUACGGAAGCUCUUACUCUACUCCAGGUUUACAAUCUCCUAUGGUCUUUAGUGAUCCUAACCAACAGCAGUCGUAUCAACAACAACAGGAUGAAAAGUUUAUUCCAAGCAGGCCAGCGCCAAAGCCACCGGGGUCUGCUGCAAAGGCAGAAUUUACUUCACCCCUUGUAUUUGACCAGCAGUCGUCAGUGACAACCACACCGAGGACUCAUAGAAGCUCAAGUCAAUCUUCUGGGUUCAUGGCUCUUGCUAGAAAAGCUACGUUGACUAAGAACAAACAGCAGCUUCCACCAAUACCUUCGGUGUCUAAACAAACAGAUGAUUAUGUGGGUGGUUCGCUUAGAAUGGCGCCUCCUGCACCACCACCUCCUCCGCCUCCCCCAAUCCAAAAGGAUGGAUAUACAAAAGAACAUGACAGAGAGAGGGAGCGGGAGAGGGAAAGAGAGCGAGAGAGAACAGGAUUAGGUAGAGAGAAAGAUCAUCAAGCGGCCACAAAGCAGAAUCAGGUAGCAUUAGAAAGGAAAAGGGAAGAAAGGAAAAGGCGGAAUCAAAAACUCCAGAGCAAACUGGCUGAGAUUUGUUGCGUCGGCGAUCCAAGUAAAAUAUAUCGUAACCUAAUAAAAAUUGGUCAGGGUGCAUCAGGUGGCGUUUAUACAGCAUAUGAAAUUGGCACUAAUGCUUCUGUUGCAAUCAAACAGAUGAAUUUGGAAAAGCAACCUAAAAAGGAGCUGAUCAUUAAUGAAAUCUUGGUUAUGAAGGGAAGCAAACAUAAAAAUAUUGUUAACUUUAUUGAUUCUUAUUUGCUAAAAGGAGACCUAUGGGUCGUAAUGGAAUAUAUGGAGGGUGGUUCUUUAACAGAUGUUGUAACGCAUUGCAUUUUGACGGAGGGUCAAAUUGCCGCUGUCUCUAGGGAGACAUUAAGGGGGUUGCAUUUCUUGCAUUCUAAAGGCGUUAUUCAUAGAGAUAUUAAAUCGGAUAACAUUUUGUUAUCUAUGGAUGGUAACAUCAAGUUGACGGAUUUUGGUUUCUGUGCGCAGAUUAACGAAUCCAACCUAAAAAGAACUACUAUGGUGGGUACACCAUACUGGAUGGCUCCAGAGGUUGUCUCGAGGAAGGAAUAUGGUCCGAAGGUGGAUAUCUGGUCCUUAGGUAUCAUGAUCAUUGAGAUGAUUGAAGGUGAACCACCUUAUUUGAAUGAGACUCCACUAAGAGCAUUAUAUUUAAUUGCUACUAAUGGUACGCCAAAAUUAAAGGACGCAGGAAGCUUAAGUUCAGUAUUAAAAAGAUUUUUGAACUGGUGUUUGCAUGUGAACCCUGAGAAUAGAGCAACGGCAGUGGAAUUAUUGUCUGACAAGUUAAUUACCGAGGUAGCAGAUGAUAAUAAAUCCCUCGCACCACUAGUCAAAUUAGCCAGAAUGAAGAAGCAUGCUGAAAAGAUGGACAGUAGUUUACAUGAUAACAUAGACUGA